GCUGGUGCUGGGCUCAGCGCUCUCCGCCGGCCUCGUGUCCUACUUCUAUGACGUCACGCCCAUCGACACGGGGCAGGAUCCUGAGUGAGUCCCUAACUAAGAAGUCCCUUAUACUGCUGGUGAUAGCUCGCUGGCUGCUGGCGAUGCUGGUGCUGGGCUCAGCGCUCUCCGCCGGCCUCGUGUCCUACUUCUAUGACGUCACGCCCAUCGUCACGGGGCAGGCGCCCGAGUCUCUGCGCACCUGGUUCGCCGGGUCCAAAACCCUGAUGCUGCUGUACCUACCAAGCUGGAUGAACCUGGUGGGCUACGCGGCCGGCAUGGCCACGGCCUUCGUCUACCACUACACGCAGGUCGAAGGCUACAAGCUCAACCAGAACAAGUGGUUCAACCUGUCAUUCCACGCGGCCAUUACCCUGGGCUCGUGCGUGGUGUUCGCGGGAGUAGUAUUCCUUCGCGACGCGCCGCCGCCGCGCUGGGCCGCCGCGCUCUACGCUGCCCUUGAUAGGACCCUGGUGGCGAUGGCCUUCAACGUCUUCCUGCUGGGCUGCAUCAGCAAGUGCAAGUCUGUGUCUCAUUGCUACAAUAGACAGAUAGCUAUCAUUCCACGCGGCUAUUACGCUAGGUUCGUGUUCGCGGGAGCAGUAUUCCUUCGCGACGGCGACGGGCCACCACCGCGCUCUACGCUGCCCUUGAUAGGACUCUAG